CAACGUCCGGCACUAAGCACAUUUAUGCACGUAAAAGAGAGAACCUCAAUCUCUCUGAUUCACCAAAAUCUCUCAAACGAAGGGCUUGCCUCAAUCCAUGGACGUUGAAGCUUCAAUCGAAGAAGGUUUCAUGGUGAACGUAUCCAAGAAAAGCAUCGUGAAAUCCAUCACUCCAUUAGAAGAUCCUCCUCAAGUUCUCAGUCUCUCCAACCUCGACCUCCUCUCCGGGCGGUUUCCGGUGACCUACUUCUACUUUUACCGGAAACCGGCCAACGAUGGCGGUAACUUCGCCUCCAUCGUGGAAGCCCUCAAGAGCUCUUUAGCGGUUACUCUAUCUUAUUUCUACCCGUUCGCCGGUCGGAUUCUCUCGAACCUGAGCACCGGCGAACCAGAAAUCGUGUGCGAUAAUACGGGGGCAUUGCUUCUCGAAGCUGAUGCGAUUAGUGACUUGAAGAAGUUGGAUUUCCGCGAUAUCAACCAGUUCAUGCAAGGAAAGCUCGUUCACAUUCAACCCGACUUCCCGGUUCAAGUUCAGGUGACAAAGUACACUUGCGGAGGCAUCUCGUUGACGUUCAGUUUCGACCACGCCCUUGGCGACGCGACCGCAUUCCACAGAUUCCUUCUCUCGUGGUCUGAAAUUUCGAGGAACGUACCGAUUUCAUGUAGACCGGACCAUAGUCGCAACCUUCGCGCGCGUAUUCCUCCAACGUACCACCCUUCACUAGACCAAGCCUUUUUGAAGUGCACCAUGGAGGACAUACUAAACAUUCCGACGCCCAAAACUUUGCUCAAGCGGCUCUAUCACGUGGAGUAUGAAAGCAUUAAUAAGUUGCAGAAGCUCGCUUCGUCGGACGGCCGGAGCCGGACAAAGAUUGAGGCCUUCUCUGCUUAUCUAUGGAAGAUGAUGGUCCGUGCAAUCGAUGUCAAGUUUCAUGCUACGUGUAAGAUGGGAUGGUUGGUCGAUGGAAGGAGGAGGAUGCGCAAUGGAGAGUCCGACCCAUCGCCGGAUUACAUAGGAAAUGUGUUGUCUUUGGCUGUCGGAGAGGCGAGUAUUGCAGAAUUGAAAAACGGGACUAUAGCAGACGUUUCAAGCAAGGUUCACGAGGCGAUCUCUAAGGUCACAACUCGAAGUCAUUUUCUGGAUUUGAUCGAUUGGAUCGAAUGCCAUAGGCCCGGGCUGAUGCUAGCUAGGGUUGUGCUCGGUCAAGGAGGGCCGACGCUCGUGGUCUCUUCCGGCCGGCGAUUCCCGGUAGCGGAAUUGGAUUUCGGGUUUGGGCGCCCGGUGCUGGGGACGGUUUGUUCCACCAUAGAAAAGAUCGGAGUCGGUUAUGUGAAUCAGAGGGCGAGCGCUAGAGGCGAUGGCUCGUGGACCCUGUCAGCCAUCCUGUGGCCGGAGCUGGCAGCGGCGUUCGACUCGGAUCCCAUUAUUCAGCCCAUGUCUACAAGAUAUCUUCAACUGUAGCGUUCGUAUAUAUCAUGAUUUGCAUUAGUUCGAGCUAUUGUAACUAUAAUUGAUUAGGAAGAGCCUCUCACGACGCAAUGUAUAUAACUACUAUCGAAUCUAUAUUUAGAUCGUAUGUUGUGCCAAAGAGACAUCGCAUAAUUGAAUUGCUUGUUUUUUCUUUGUGCUAAAA